AGGUUGCACGUGUGUGUCAGUUCCGGAAGUGACGCGUUAAUGUUAUUGUCUGAGACUGAGUGUUUCCUGUGUGGGUUAUACAACCAGAGCAUGUGAGGUAGAAUUGUGGGGAGAUGGCAAAGCGGGGGAGCUCUGAGGGUGCUGCAGUGGCGAAGAAGAAGCCAAGGAAACAGGUGCCCGGGAGGGACAGAAAACACCCAGCAACUGACUCCAAGCAUAGUGAUGGCGAGGAUGUAUUGUAUGAAGAGGAAAACCCCCCAUUUAAGAAGAGUAAAGAUUCCUGUGGUGACAGUGUGAAAAAGCAAAGAUGCAGAACCAAAAGACGGACUGACAAUGAGAGGAAAACAGUGGGAAAAGAAAUACAAGAUCCAACAAAUUUGACAGAAAAGACUCUGAUCAUAGACAUGCCUGUUAAACAGUUUAGUGGCUCAGAGGAUGCUGAAGAGAGUGAAGAUGAGUGGGAGGAUGUUCAAGCAAACAAUCAACGGCAGACUGGUACUGCUAAGAGGAAACGGCCUGGAAAUUCGAAAGCAGGAGGGAAAAAUGAAAAAAGACUGUCCGUUAAGAGCAAUAUAAAAAAACGGUCCAGGCCUGCAGAUGGUGAUGAUGGGUUUGAAGAAGAAAGUUAUUCCGUUAAGAAGAGGAAACCCACAGUCCCAGGUGUAAAAGGCAAAACUAAAGCUGCUAAACCUGCAAGCCAUGUAUCCUGUGCAGCCAAUGCUGGGGACAAGAAACCCAGAGCCAAGAAAUCAGCUGUUAAAAAACAAAAAACCAAAGAGACUGAGAUACUUGAUCUUCUGGCUCUGGAGAAAAAAACACAGACAAAAGUGGCAACUGUAGAAGAGUCCAGUGUCUCAGAGGAGGCAGAGGAUAGUGAUGAAGAAUGGGAAGAUGUGGAGGAACUGAAUGGGCCAGUAGACUGCCUCCAAGCCUCAACUUCAACAGAUAUUCCUCUCCCCACACAACCUGUUGAAAUAGAGAUUGAAACAGCAGAAUCCGCUAAGAAAAGACUCAGCAGAGAGAAGAGGAAGGCAGAGUACGCUGCAUAUAUGCGCAAGUUAUUGAGAAAGUUCAGCAAGGAGGUGCGGGAAGACACUCAUAAGGUUCACUUGCUUUGCCUGUUGGCAAAUGGUUUCUAUCGGAAUGACACUUGUAACCUGCCAGAUCUCCAGGCUGUUGCCCUGUCUGUGAUCCCUGUGAAGUUCACCAGUGUUCCUGCUGAAUGUGUAGAUGUAGUGUAUUUGACAAACUUGAUGAAAUGGUUUUUUGGAACAUUUACUCUGAGUAGUGAGAUGUCCCUGGAUGAGUCUGAGCCAUUGUCAGCCACCCUGGAGAGAAGAUUUGGAGUAUACGGCGUGAGAGAUGAAUCAGAGAUGGUCCAUGUAUUUCUCGUCAUCCUGCGUGCUCUGCAGCUUAUGAGCCGUCUGGUGCUGUCACUGCAGCCCAUCCCUUUAAAGGACAAACCUGCAAAGACCAAAAAAUCACCAAAGGAAAAGUCCUCCAGGAGGUCCAGUACUAAACCACAAACACCCAAAGACAAGACCAAUAGUAGUAAUAGGCAACAAGUUAGGCAGAAGAAGGUAAAGCAGGAAGAGACUUUGUCAGGGGAAAGUGAAGAAGAGAAUCCAAAGCACUGUACUACGUCUGGGAAGGGAAAAGGCAAAACUACCAAGGAGAAAAAGGGUGUUAAGAGUGCAGAUAAAGAGAAGCCCGGGGCCCAGCCCAAAAAUCAACUCAGGAGGAAGGCAGCAUCCAAAGUGACUUACAAAGAGGAGAGUGAGAGCUGUGGUCACAGUAGUGAUUCCGACUAUUGCCUUUCGGACGCCCAGGACAGUGACUAUUCUGACUGGGAGGAAGAACCCUUGGCUAGUAAAAGAAGAAGAUCAUCUGGACCUGUAAAGGAGAUUAUAAAGACAAAGAGAAAUACCAAUUCUGCUGCCAAACAGCCUAGAGAUAAAAACUCACCCAAUUCAGUCACACAGCCAAAGAGAAGAGGCAAAAUCAUCUCCACCGACGACGAAUCUGAAAUGGAUGAUGAGGACAAAAUGUGGAAAUCGCCCCUGUUGUCCCCAACGGUUAGUGACCAAUGGGUGGAAGUUUAUUUGGAAAGUGAGGGGAAGUGGCUUUGUGUAGACUGUAUGCAUAGGACUUUGGGGAAAGCUCAAGAUUGCUUUAAGACCACCACCAAGCCAGUCACCUAUGUGGUGGGGAUCGAUAAUGCUGGCUGUGUAAAGGAUGUUACACGCAGGUACGAUUCUAAUUGGAUGACAAGCACACGGAUGCGUCGUAUUGAUCCUGAUUGGUGGGAAAAGACACUGAUGCCUUAUAAGAGCCCCAAUAUUGAGCGUGAGGACAGGGAAGAUACAGAGCUUGAUCUUAAGCUACUUGACCAGCCGCUGCCAACAUCCUUCCCUGAAUACAAGAACCAUCCACUGUAUGUACUGAAGAGACAUCUGCUGAAAUAUGAGGCAAUUUAUCCAGAGACUUCAGCUGUCAUGGGCUAUUUCCGAGGGGAAGCCGUCUAUUCCAGAUCCUGUGUUCAUAACCUGCACUCAAGUGACACGUGGCUGAAAGAAGCCCGAGUGGUGCGAUUGGCAGAAGUGCCCUACAAGAUGGUGAAAGGAAGUUCGAAUCGUGCGAGGAAAGCACGCAUAAGUGAUCCAGAGAAGAAGAAAUAUAAUGACCUUGGCCUGUUUGGCCUUUGGCAGACUGAGGAAUAUCAGCCUCCGGUUGCAGUUGAUGGGAAGGUUCCACGCAAUGAAUAUGGAAAUGUGUAUCUGUUCCAGCCCAGCAUGUUGCCAAUUGGCUGUGUCCAACUUCGCGUCCCCAACCUGCACCGAGUAGCCAGGAAGCUGGACAUUGACUGUGUCCAAGCCAUCACAGGAUUUGACUUUCACUGUGGCUUCUCACACCCUGUAACUGACGGUUAUGUAGUCUGUGAAGAGCACAAGGACAUCCUCCUGUCUGCUUGGGAAAAUGAGCAGGCAAAUAUAGAGCAAAAACAAAAAGAGAAACGUGAGAAGCGAGCUCUGGGCAACUGGAAGCUGCUGAUCAAAGGACUUCUCAUCCGAGAGAGAUUGAAAGCACGUUAUGGCAACAAGGACACAGAUACGCCUGGCCUAUCCACUGAAGCAAAUGAUUUCUCUUCGGAUGACGAGGAGAAACAGAAGACAGAGACCCCCGCUCAGGACAUGGCAGUCUCUUGGCCACAGAAUCGCCAGGCUCAGGCCACAGAAGGGAAGACGAAGAGCAGGAGGCAGAAAAAAGGAGAAGAGAAUCAUUUAUUCCCCUUCGAAAAACUGUAAUAUUAAAGGAAUCUGGUUUGGGACCAAGCUGCCUUCAUCUCUUCUCCUUUCUACAAUAUUCCCUAGUUUGGUUUAAUCGGGGGAAGGGGAUUCUGGGAAUUUAAAUAGCUAUUCCAAAUGAACAUAAUGUUUUCUACGUGUUCUGUGAUUUUUCAUUUCAGAAAAAAAUACAAGUCAUUUUGAAGAUA